AUGACUAUGUGUCUCCCUGCCAAGCGGUACAGGCGCUGUUUUUACACGCUCAUGCGCUACGUCUGUGGGAGCAUGAGGGCCCUGGUGUCUCUUCUACAGCAAGUGUUUACAGCUGUACAGUAUAUUACCAAAGCGUGCGGCCAGCCUUACCCAGGUGGAGUGAGAGGCGCUGUACCGUGCCAGACCAGAGGGGGGUCAUCAGGCCGGGGGGUCAUCAGGCCAGAGGGGGGUCAUCAGGCCGGGGUCAGGCCAGAGGAGGGUCAUCAGGCCGGGGGGGGCUCAACAGGCCGGGGAGAGUCAUCAGGCCGGGGGCCACUGGGACCAGAGGAGGGGUCAUCAGGCCGGGGAGAGCCAACAGCCGGGCAGAGGCCACGGGCCGGGGGGGCCACUAGACCAGAGGGGCCAUCAGGCCGGGGGGUCAGGACCAGAGGAGGGGGCUACCAGGCCGGGGGAGAGGCCACAGGCCGGGGAGAGGCCACAGGCCGGGGAGAGGCCAUCAGGCCGGGGGGUCACUUCAGACCAGAGGGGGGCCACAGGCCGGGGGGGCUAUCAGGCCGGGGGGCCACUGACCAGAGGGGGGCCAUCAGGCCGGGGGAGAGGCCAUCAGGCCGGGAGAGGUCAUCAGGCUGGGGAGAGGUCAUCAGGCGCCGGGGGAGAGGUCAUCAGGCCGGUGGCCCACAGACCAGAGGAGGGUCAUCAGGCCGGGGGCCACCAGGACCAGGAGUGGCCAUCAGGCCGGGGUCACAGACCAGAGGGGACUACUCAGGCCGGGAGAGGUCAUCAGGCCGGGAGAGGCCAUCAGGCCGGGGGAGAGGCCAUCAGGCCGGGGGGCCAUCAGACCCUGAGCAGGGUCAUCAGGCCGGGGGCCAACAGGCUGGGGGCCAUCAGCCAGAGGAGGGGUCAUCAGGCCGGGAGAGGCCACACCAGGCCGGGGAGAGGUCAUCAGGCCGGGGGAGAGGUCAUCAGACCAGAGGAGGGUCACUGUGGCCGGGGAGAGGUCAACAGGCCAGAGGAGGGUCAUCAGGCCAGAGGAGGGUCACUGUGGCUGGGGGUCAUCAGCCAGAGGAGGGUCAUCAGGCUGGAAGUCAUCAGGCCGGGGAGAGGUCAUCAGGCCGGGGAGAGGUUGUGCACUGGUACAGUGACCAUGGCUGGAGUGAACAGCCGGUCAACACUGUUAGCGAGGAGCUGCCUGGAGAGCAGCUUGGCGCCAACUAA